AUGGGAGGUCUUCUUUCUGGCCUCUGGAGAUUUGCUUUUGGAAAUCCUCAGCGCCGUUUCAAAAUUACAAUUAUCGGACUUGAUAAUGCUGGCAAAACAACAGCGUUAUAUAAGCUUCUCGACGGAGUUGUUAUAAAUACUCAACCAACAGUCGGAUCAAAUGUAGAAACUAUUGAACGAAAGAAUGUCAGACUACAGUGCUGGGAUUUAGCCGGCCAAACAGCUUUUAGAAAAGGUUGGACUACAUUUUUCAACGGAACAGACGCAAUUAUAUUCGUAGUUGACUCAAGCGAUAGAGUGCGUAUGACAGAGGCCAGAAACGAACUAUUUAGAGUUCUCGAAGACGAUUCUACAAGCAAAUGCAGCAUAUUAAUUUUAGCUAACAAACAAGACUUACCAAAUUGCUUGACUCUCAGUGAGCUCAUGGAAACUCUACAGCUUUCUGAAAUCAAAAACCAACAUUGGACUAUAUUACCAGCUUGCUCCUUAACUGGACAAGGAUUAGAGGAAGCUGUUGAUUGGCUCGUUAUGCAGCUUGAUAAUGCAGCUGGAAAAUAG